AGAGAGCAUGUUGUGUGUGAGAGAGAGUGAUAGACAAGGAAGAACUGGGGAGAAUGAGAGAAAAACAAGGCCACGCCAUAUUGAAUCAGUUGUUAAUUUUUGCGUGAGCUGAAAAGUAUUAAGUGAUUGAUACCUAAUGUUUAUUGUGUUAAAUUACAGAUAUCGUUCAAAUCUGUGAAAGUAAAUUCAUGAUUAACUUCUUGAAAAACAUGUAGUAUGAACUUUCGUUACUUGAAAUUUGUAAUCAACACCUUGUCGGUACUUUUGUAAUCGAUUUGUCAACCAGUUAACAAAUUGGGACGUCCUUGAUUGACCUGCUCAGGUAAUUAAUUGUCUAUAUAUUUAGAGGGAAGAAUAGUUGUGAUGUUCUAUUAGUGUAAAACUUCUUUCUCUUCUAGUUGGACUAAUUACAUUCUUUUCGGGUAUACCUUCUGUUGGAAGGAAGCGUAUUGUGGUAAUAGCUACUUUUUGUGCAUUCCGUAUCUUGUCUACAAAAAGGUCUGACUUUAACUUAAUAUUUGGUUUCUCAUCUAUUGGUACUGUUACCCAGUGUGAACGCUGUCCAUGGACAUCUAAACGCAUUCAUGAGUGAGUAUGCCACAUUUCACCAAAGAAGACUUAAGUGUAAUUAAAACGUGUUAUGAGAAAAAUGGUUGGCACGGAAAGAGGUUAGUGAGCGAAUUUCCCGAGAAAGGGUGGUCUCCCCGCUCUGUGAACAAGGCUAUCAAACGUCUGACCACUAAAGGCUCAAUUUUUGGCAAGAAAGGGAGAAAACGUCUUGGUGCGGAAAACAACAAAAAGAAGGAAAAAGCAACAAAAAUUGUGAAAGACAGUGAGACUGCGUGUUCGAGUACCGGUAGUCAGUCGGAAGUAGCAAGUGACAAUAUGGAGAGGAUGGAAGUAGAUGAAGAUUCUUCAGUGGUCGAUCUUAGUCUCCCCACCAGGAGAGAGAACCCCCCGAUGACAGCAGCUCGGGUGGAGGGUUGGGGUGCACGUAGAAGCCUGAGGCCCCGCACCGAGCUGCGUAGCUAUGCAGAGAGUCCAGAUGUUGUAGUGGUGACAGACGAUGAACCCAGACUCAACGGCUACACUAAUGGAAGUGGUAGCUUAGACAGUGAUAGCGAUGAUGGCGAGAUGCCACCCCUCCCCCCAAUCAAGGAGCUGAGUCCUGCUGAGGUGCUAGAAAGGGAGAGGGUGGUGCGGCGGCUGAGAGAGGAACUUAGGAAUGAGGAGAUGAAGCUCGUUCUACUCAAGAAGUUACGACAGUCACAGCAGAUGAAGGAGAACAUAGCUGUAGUGCCCCCAACCACAGCUGCUGCUCCACCAGCCCCCUCGCCACAACCCAGCAAGCCUCCUGUAACUGCUCCUCCGCCACCACCCCUCUUGCGCAACAAGCCUCCAGCCAGUCCUGUACCACAUUUGCUCAGAGGGCAGCCACCCCCAGCACGCAGUGGACCUAGUGUGCAUGCUCCGCCGCCAACAGGCAUGAUGUUGGCUCCCCAAUCAGGGCGGUCUCUGGCUCCCGGCAUGCCCCCGUCCAUGCAUCCUACUACCCCCACAUUGCAGAGAGGAAGUAGCAGCAGUGUGUUGGCUGGCCGAGGUGUGGGGCUAAGUUUCUCUACAGAGAGAACCAAGGACUCUCGCCACUCCCCCGCCCCUCCGCCCUCACAGCAGCUGACAAGUCUGGUGGACGUCAAGUUGGGAGUUGGCAUGCAGCUCUCCCAACUGUCUGAACAGGACCGGCAGAGGAUUGAUGAGGCACAGACGCCUGCACAGAGACAGGCCGCUGCUAAGCUGGCCUUGCGCAAACAGCUAGAGAAGACUUUGCUGCAGAUUCCACCACCCAAACCCCCACCACCAGAGAUGCAUUUCAUCCCCAACCCUUCCAACACGGAGUUCAUCUAUCUGCUUGGUUUGGAGUAUGUGGUGGACUACAUCACUAAGGACAACAAGAGUCCUCCUCCCCCAGAGCCCUUCCGUUGUUCUCAAUGCUGCACCAGCUUCACUCCUGUCUGGAAAUGGGAGAAGAAUAUCACCAAAGGUAAAGAACCUAAGGUCAUCUGUGAACAAUGCGUUACGACUAAUGUGAAGAAAUCUUUGAAAGCAGAACAUACAAAUCGCUUGAAGACUGCUUUUGUAAAAGCUCUUCAACAGGAGCAAGAAAUAGAACAGAGGUUAGCACAAGGAUCUCCUCAGCCCGCCCCAGAGCCGACGCUGCCGCCUCCACCCCAGCCCAAGCCUAGCACUCCUGCUCCAGCCCCGAGACCUGCACCUACUCCACCAGCUCCUGCCACUCCUCCUCUGUCCAGCAAAUUCAGCUCACACCAUGCGGCUGCAGCAUUGCACCAACAGCUUAUGCGUGGUCUGCCGCCUCACCAGCCCCUUCCUGCCCACAUGCUGCCCUUCUCCCCCCUCCUCUACCCCUACCAGCUUGCUAUGGCUCAGGCGGCCGGAGGAAAGGGGCCCGUCGCCGCCGCCGCCGCCAACCUUGUGGAGCUACAGCGUCAGGCUGCCGAUAUCCAGCGACAGUAUCUGCUAGACAUGAUACCUUCACCCUCUCCCUCUCGCACACAUGGACAUACUCCGCAUUCCCUCAACAAUUGGAAGACGUGAUCCGCCACACACCCACUGUAACACGCCACUGUCCCAUUUUUUUCUGUAAUGGCCUAAUAUAAUUGGAGUGCAUUUAUUUAUGUCACUGUUAAAAAAAAAAAUAUUAUACACACCAACCAUCCAAUGAAUUCUACUGGUUGUUCUUCCUUUUCAAUUCAUUAAACUUAAAUGGUUUAAUUGUAAAAAUAAUACACAAGAAAUGUUUUAUUUCUUGAUUUUAUGCAAAAUAAAAGUAUGUUCACCCCUGACAUAUCAAGAUCAAGGUAUUAUCAAUUGUAAUAAUAAAAAAUGAUAAAAUUAGAGUGUUUUUCAUAGUAUGAAAAUAAAAUAAUACAAGAUAAUAAUUGUAUACAAAGUUAUGGUUUUUUGUGCCAUUACAAAGAAUAUCUUUUUGUCACAUCAAUUAAGUUCUUGUUUGUGAUUAUUGUUUAUACCUCAUAUAUUUUUUAUUUUUCAGUGCGAUCAUUUAUGUAAUGUCAAUUUACAUCUUGUAAGAAAAUUGCAUUUUGUUUUAUCCAAUGAUUGCAUAUAUUCUAUUAAUUUAUGUCCUUGUUUGUGGUAUAUCUUGACAAAUUUUUCUGUUGUUUUAAUCUUCCAUUUCAAUUUAGUAUGGUUAAAAAAUUAUUUACUCUUGACUUCUUUAAGAAUUUCUUGAGUAAAGCCUUAAAAUUUAGACAAACCCAAUUAAAUCUUAACUAUUACAAGUAAUACUUGAUUUUGUAAUGUCAGAAUCGAACAGAAAAAGUUACUUAUGAAUUGUGAACCACUUUUAUCAACCACAAUCUGUUUUCAAAAUGAACAGACAUAUUUAAAAUACUUCAUUUCUUUCCCAAAGAACAAGACAUUUUCUUCACCCUUUGUUUUGUGCAUUAUAUACUGUGAUUGUUCAUAACAUCUGUCAUCUGACUGUGAAUUGACAAUUGUUUUAGCUUUGUUAUUGUGAAGGUAUUUGUAUUGAUUGUGUGUUAUUAUAUUAUGUAAUAAUUGUCCAUAUACAAAGUAAUAUAUAUAUAUUAGUUUUGUUUAUUACUUAAUUUAUACAGUGUUGUAUGUCCGCCAGGCUCUGAAUGUCAUAUGUUAAUAAGCACAAUAAUAUAUGACGUAAGACUGUAACUAUAUUUAAGUCAUUUUUAGCAUUUAGAUAUUAAGGUUUGUGUAAGAUACUGUCUUACGGUCAUUUUACAACCUUGUGUAUCAUGUACUAUAAGGUUCUUUUUAAAAAGCAAUUUUGUUUUAUGAAUUAAGUAAUUUAUUUCACACUGUAAUCAUUUUAAAUAAAUAAAACUAGGUAAAUAA